AUGCCCAAACCGUCAAAAACAGGCCCAUCUACGUCCUCCUUUCAGGAUGGGACUAUCGUCGUCACUAGCCAGCAAAGCCGUUUCCAUGUAGAUGCUGUGGAUGCACCAACAUCAAAGGAUAUCGAUGUCAAAGAUCUGACGCUCUCCGUCGGAGGGCGAGACUUGUUGGACCACGCUCAUCUGCGAAUUGUGGAAGGCGUGCACUACGUUCUCGCUGGACGGAAUGGGACUGGAAAAAGCUCACUGUUACGAGCAUUAGCGGAACGACGAGUGCCUGGCGUCCCUCGCAAUUUGCGUCUGCUCUUGCUUGGCCAGACACGGGUCAGCUCCGAUGUGUUGGCAGAAUCCGAUGAGACCGAGAGCGACACCCUCAAAGUUCUUGAACAUGUCACAAGAAGUGACCGACGCAGAGAGUGUGCCCUCCAGGAUGCCAACCGCAUGUUCUCUCUCACUGAUGAGAUAGCCCACUCCAAUAAGAUUGUUACAACGGUUCGCUCGCUUCAACUUGAGCAGGCAAAACAAGAGUUGGCUGAAGCGCGGCUUAUAGCAGCGCGACGAAGUGGUGCUCGAGGACUCAGGGCCCGCCAGAUGCUCAUAGAGAGGGAGAAGGAGGUGGAGGAAGCGCAGAAACGCUAUGACGAAGCCGGGAGCGCCGAGGACGAACAAGAAGCUACCAGAAUCGGUCUCGAUAUGCUGGAAGCGACACGCUUGGCAUUGGAGGCCAUGGAUGCUGGUAGCACUGAGGCUCGAGCUCGUACCAUCCUCCUCGGUCUACGCUUCUCCCAGGAACAAAUCGAGAAACCUGUCAAGUCAUUGUCUGGGGGAUGGCAAACACGCUGUGACCUUGCAUGCGCCUUGAUACAGAAGACAGAUGUACUGAUGCUUGACGAGCCCACGAAUUUCCUUGACCUGCCGGCCAUUGUUUGGCUCGAAAGAUACAUCACAAAGUCAUUGGCCGGAACCACGGUGAUCGUUGUUACACACGACCGCGACUUUGCUGAUGCAAUUGCUGACGAGGUACUACUCGUUCGGCUAGCUCCCGCCAAAACAUUGGAGGUUUUCAAAGGCAAUUUGACAGAAUAUGAAUCCGAGAAGCGUCGACAAAUUCGACGCAUGACCAAAAUGGCUGAAGCACAAGAACGGCAGACCGAACACAUGAAAGAGACCAUAGCCAAGAAUGUCAAGGCUGCCAAACGAACGGGAGAUGAUAAGAAGCUGAAACAAGCGGCGUCGCGAAGAAAGAAGCUGGAGGAACGGACCGGGCUCGAGGUUGGCCAACGUGGGGGCAGAUUCAGGCUCAACCGAGACCUUGCGGGAUGGCACAAUUCAAAUCGCGAUGGCAUCGAGAUCCCAGAGUUCGAUCCCCCUGUCACAAUCACGCUGCUGGAGCAGCCAGAAACGUUGCGCCACACCGGACCUCUAUUUAGCUUCGACAGAGUAUCAUACACCUAUCCCAAGUCGGGCGUCUGGACUUUGAAAGACAUUGAUCUGGCCAUGCACCCGGGUGAACGAGUGGGACUGGCAGGUCUGAAUGGGAGUGGAAAAUCGACUCUAGUCAAGCUCUUGAUGGGAGCAGCCACUGGCCAAGAUCCGCGACCAACCAAAGGCACGAUCACCGUGCAUUCCAAGGCCAAAUUCGCCUGCUACUCUCAACACGCAGUCGAAGAACUGGAAACAAUCGGAAAGCAAGAUCCGCAGAGGACAGCUUUGUCUCACUUGAUGAAACUACCGGAUUGGACCGGAGAUGAACAGGCAGCUCGGGGCACAUUGGCCAAACUAGGUCUCCGGGGGAACACUGUGACAGACAUUCCACUUGCAGCUCUCUCUGGAGGACAACGGGUGCGCGUGGCUCUAGCGGAGGUGUUUUGCAACUCUCCUCAUCUGCUCGUCCUGGAUGAAGUAACGACCCAUCUGGACGCGGACACCAUUGACGCGCUGAUCGAAGCCCUCAAACUAUGGCCGGGUGCUCUUCUUGUCAUCACUCACGAUCGUCAUUUUAUGCGAUGUGUGGUGGAUCGAGAGAAGCCAGUGAGGACGGAGGAGGAGGAUGAAAGCAGCGAAGAGUCGGAUUCCGAUGCAGGUACGCCUGGGAUGGUAUACCACGUGCGGAAGGCUGGGCUUCGAAAGCUAGAGAGGGGAAUGCAGCAGUAUGAAGAGAUUGUGGCUAAGACGGUGGACAAGCUUGGUAUCUAG